AUGGCUCAAGGAGCAAAUCCACCAACUCCACCAACUCCACCAGCUGGACCCACACCACCAUCUGGGGCGACAGCACCAACAAGUGGCGUGCUCUUCAGCCCAACAACUCCAACUCUUGGGAACAAGGUCCGCACCAGCUCCAGCACCGAAACCGCUUGGACUGGAGGGAAACCCAAUCCGACCCGUACUGGCCUUGAUCCUUCAGCUUCCACUACCAUGGAACAUCCGGGACAGUUGCGUCCCACAGGCUAUGAAGCAAUGAAAAGCGCCACCUACCGCAGAACGUCUGACCUCGUUUCGAUCACCAAGAAGACGAAGAUGACUAGAUUCAAGAAGGAACUUUGGCAAACUGCAGUCUCCCGAGGACUGGACUCCGUCAUGUACCUUCCUCGCAGCGGCGACCAGAUCUCCGUUGUGACAAGCUCCGAUAUGUUCACGAAAGAGGAAGCUGAGCUUGAAUACACCAAGAUUCUCCCGACGUAUGACAGCUACUGCAGAUCCAAUGACAGGGACGCUGCACACUUACUCAUGAACGCCAUUGAUCCAGAUCUUCGAAAGGAAGUUGAACUAUUCCACAACACCACUGAUGGGUUUAUUGUUGUAUGGUACGUUCUCCUUCGUCUCCUCUAUGACAACAACAUCGACCGCAAACGCAACAUUGAAUCCGAGCUUCGGAAGGUUGCCGUCACAAGCUACCCACAACAGAAUGUCAACGCCAUCGUUGCCACCUUCCUCAACAUGGCAGAAGAACUUGACGAUAUGGAGGACUACAAUCACGACAACACCAUCAAGAUGCUCGACACUCUUUCCUAUGCCGGUGGUGGAACCGAUCCAAGCAAUCCCGACACCCUCUACUUCCGCAGCCAAAUUAUGACUCUUCGCAGCCGUGUGGACGAUGCUCUCAUCGCUAUCCGAGGACUAUCAGCGGCUAGCGCUACCACUUACAUGGUGGCACAUGAUGUUCACUACCGUCAAGUCCUCAUGAAAGUCCAAAAGUCUUACCUUCAGCUCUUCAACAACCACAAGUGGCCCCCAGCAAACACCCCUCUCGACUCUCGUACUCCGUCCGCCCUGCAAGCCAACAACGUACUGACCCAGAAGCACCUGAAGGAACAGUUUCGUGCCUUUCUGCUCCAACAAGCACAAGGAAACAACACCAACACCAACACCAACACCAACACCAACACCAACAAUAGCAACAACAAUAGCAACAACAAUAGCAACAACAACAAUCGCAAUGGUGACCGCACCGGUAACGCACCUCCCAAUCCCAAGCGGGUCCAACCCUCAAUUGCUAACGGCGACGUUCCUAUUGCAACCGUGGACGGGGUUCCACACUUCAGGAAGAACAUCAACGGCAAGGACAUGGAUUGGUGCCAGACUUGCAAACGUUUCACCAACACCCACGCUACUCAUCAGCAUGGCUCCGGUACCAACACCAACACCAACACCAACACCAACACCAACACCAACACCAACAACCACAACCACAACCACAACCACAACCACAACCACAACAACAGCAACAGCAACAGCAACAACAACAACAACAACAACAACAACGUUGACGUCGCUCCUGUUGCUGUUGUCGAAGGGUUGCCAAUUGACGGUGAUGUCUUAUUGUUGUUCACCAACCUUGAAGAAGGAGCUUCCGAUGGGGAUGCUGUGGGCAUGAAGUCAUUGGGACUUGGAAGAGAGCAGAUACUGAUAAGUAAAAAAAUACUUCCACCGGAUAUUUAUUUUGGCACCUUCAACAUCGCCAACUACAACUUCUACGUAUCCUCUGGUAUCACCUCCCAGAAUGUGCUUGACGUGAUUGCUCCUCCUGCUCUUGUCGAAUCUGUCUCUGACGAUGUUCACGACGACACCAUCCCUAUCAUCGACCGCAAUGCUGUCACCGCUCAUCACUGGUGUGUUCCUGUUGACUCCUUUCCCCACUCUCACUCCACUACCACAUCUGCACUCGACUCUCCUACUGUUGAGACCGUCACUGACGACAAUGACGAUGCAACCAUCAUCCCUACCAUCGACCGCGACGACGUCACCAUUCAACACUGGUGUGUCCCAGUUGAUUCCUUCACCAACUCUGACUCCGCUGCCAUGCAUGGGCCUGCCGUCGACUACGACUCUGACAAUGAUGACGUGCCUCCUUCCCUCGUGGGGUGA